GGUCGUCCCAACUCGUUGUUUCUCCCAAAUCCCCCACUCGGCACCGCGAGACCGAACCCAUUCGCCAUCUCGCCGCCGGUGAAGUCGCCAUGGCCGACCACGCCGCAAGCGAGGAGGAGCCGCCCAUCCUGCUCGACCGCGCGGCGCGUGCCACCCGAGGAAAGAGGAUAACCAAGCUCGUAGAGGAGGAGGUCGAGCUUGACGAGGCUUUCUGGGGCCAAGAAGCCCUGAAGGAGGACGAGGAGGAUGAUAACUAUCAGGAAGAGCAGGAUGCUGGUGAUGUAUUCGACAGUGAUUUCGAUGAAGAUGAACCUCAACCUGACGACGACCCAGAGAAGGAAGUGAGUGAGAGAUUACCUAUUAAGAAGCGGCUAGUUUUCCCUGGGAAGACCAUGAAAAAAAUGAAAGCCAAGAAGAAGAAGAAGAAGAAUAAGGUCAUCAAACUAGAGGAUGAUGAAGGCAUAGAUGACAAGAAUCCUGAUAAGACAACUUCAUCCAAACAAUCAGAUGUUCCUGAUGAAUGGGAGUCUGAGAAAACGAUCAGGAAAUCAACCAGAACAUCUGUCAUUGUGAGACAAGCUGAGCGAGAAGCAAUACGUGCUGAAAAGAAAGCUACUGCUAAGCCAAUUAAGAAGAGAAAAGAGGGAGAAGAAAAACGUAUGACACAAGAAGAGAUGCUCUUGGAAGCAGCUGAAACUGAGAUUAUGAACAUGAGAAAUCUUGAACGUGUACUGGCAAGAGAGGAGGAGGUGAAGAAAAAAGCUGUUGUUCAGAAAGCUGUCUAUGAGGGUCCUACACUUCGAUUUCACUCGAGAGAUGGGGAAUCACGUCUGGAAUUCAUUAAUGGGGCAUCAUUUGGGUCUGAACUUUGUACGACUUCAACUCCUUAUCCGGAGAAAUCUGUUUGCGUUGUAACAGGACUUCCUGCCAAAUACCGUGAUCCAAAGACUGGAUUACCUUAUGCGACAAUGGCAGCGUUUAAGAUCAUCCGGGAGAGUUUCCUGAAAGAGGAGCCGGAUAAGAAGAGGCCCAACAUGUCAAAUAUGGGAGAACUCUUUGAAUCAGUAGCCGGCGAACAUUCUACGCCUAAGAAGAAAAGAAUAGAGUCAAGAUCGCCAAUAUCAGGGGACCUAAGGCACGGCGGACGCUUCAGACGAAUACCUGCUCUUGAUGUCAUGGACGAGGACUGACAAGAGAUCUUCUCUGACAGUGCGGUUGCAUAUGAUGCCAUGUGUUAGCAUGAGGACUUGCCAGAGAUCUCUGCUGGCGUGGUUGCAUACGAUGCCGUGAUAGCAUGGGGACUGGCCGGAGAUCUACGACGGCGUGGUUGCUUACGAUUUCAUGUUAGCAUUAGAAACAGUAGAGAUGUUCCUGAUGCUGCCGCUUGUGCAAUGGCAUGUUGUAAACGAACUGCUGUCAGUUGAUGGCUUCUUGUGUUAGGUGUGCUGGAAUCGUGGUCCUAGGGACUGUUCAACAUAGCCUCAGCAUUGCACCCUGA